GAACCGAGUGAGGAUGGUGAAACUGUCUGUGAGGUAACUGUGCAUCGCUGCAGCAGAUGGAACAUCUGGAUGGAUAGAAACUGAAGCUACAGCGCAGUGAACCAGAAUGAGAAGAACAACUGGACGAUCUUAACCGAGAAGCUACAGGACGACAACUUGAUCCCAGAGUGACCAUGAACCUGAGGAACGCCGCCUCCUAAAAUCAGCAGAGGCCACGUCCAUCAUGGAUGAGUUGGACUUUGUGGAAGACGGCAGGGCAGAAACACCGAUGAACCAGCCGGGAUACACCCAGGCAGAGCCCGCGCUGCUGUACCCCCCUCCUCUGUCCCCGGACCCGGUCAGCCCGCUGACUCACCUGGGGACGCUGCUGGCCGGACACGACGCGCCGAGGACCGGGAACGGAUGGGACAGGAGACUGGAUCCGGGGUUUCAAGGCUGUCAGUUACUGGGAGCAGCAAGGGAACCAGGAAGAGAGGCCCAUGCCGACCAGAGCGUCACCAUCCUGCACGCCAAGGUGGCUCAGAAGUCGUAUGGCAACGAGAAAAGGUUCUUCUGUCCUCCCCCCUGUGUUUAUAUCAGCGGCCAUGGAUGGAGGGUCAUGCAGGACCAUCUGAAAGCGGCUGGUUAUGGAGACUCUGUACAUCGAGUGUGUGGUUACAUGUGUCUGGACAGCUCCAGCCAGUCUCAGGCAGACACAUUCAAACUGGUCUUCGAUGAACAGCCAAACUCCAGGAUGUUUGCCUGCGCCAAGUCGCUGUUCAUCUCUGAUCAGGACAAGAGGAAGCAUUUCCGCCUGCUGCUGCGAAUCUUCUUGGGCAACAGACAGGAAGUGGGUUCUUUCCAGAGCAGGAUGAUCAAAGUCAUCUCCAAACCGUCGCAGAAGAGACAGUCCAUGAAGAACGCCGAUCUGUGUAUCUCCUCGUGCUCCAGAGUCGCGUUGUUCAACCGUUUACGCUCUCAGACCGUCAGCACUCGUUACCUCUCGGUGGACAGAGGAGCUUUUGUGGCCAGUUCUCGGCAGUGGACAGCCUUCACCAUCACCAUGGUGGAGGACCAGCGCACUGACCAAGGGGACUUUGUGCUGAGCGAAGGCUUCAUCUGUUACGGCUGUGUGGUCCAGUUAGUGUGCACUGAGUCUGGAGUAUCUCUACCACCCAUGGUGAUUCGUAAGGUCAACAAGCAGCACGCCAUCUUAGACGUGGACGAGCCUGUUUCUCAGCUCCAUAAGUGUGCCUUCCAGUUCAGAGACAAUCCUCACGCCUACCUGUGUUUGUCUAAUGACACCAUCAUCCAGUACCAGGCUCCUUCCAGUGUCAGAGACCCCAGCAGAGUGGUGCUGAACGACGGAUCUUGUUGGACCAUCAUUGGAGUGGAGACAGUGGAGUUCACCUUUAAUCAGGGUCUGGCCUGCAUCCAGACUCCAGUUAGUCCUUUUCCUGUUAUUACAGGGUUAGAGGUGAACGGUGGAGGACACGUUGCCAUGCUGGAAAUCCAUGGAGAAAACUUCAGCCCUCAUCUCAAAGUCUGGUUUGGAAACAGUGAGGCUGAGACCAUGUUCAAAUCUCCCAAAUCUCUGCUCUGCGUCGUUCCUGACGUCUCCGUGUUCAGCGACGGCUGGCGCUGUCUGCGCCGCGUCACCACCGUCCCUCUGUCUCUCAUCCGAUUGGACGGCCUGAUUUAUCGCACACCUUUCAGUUUCACCUACACCCCCGAGCUGCAGCCGUCUCCGACUGUGCGAGGAGCAGGAGGAGGAGGAGGAGGGAAGAGAGACGGAGGGAUGGACGGAGGCCAGGAGGACGACGUCCUCUUAGAGACCAUCCAUCAGGAGUUCACCAGAGCCAAUUUCCACCUCUUCAUGCAGAGUUAACCUCAGUCUGAUGAUCAGGUGGAGAUCACAGCCAGAAA